UGUUAGACCAAUUGGACGAAGUACCCGUGCCUACUACUCGACAAUCCGGCCUUCCUUCUCGUGUCGCGUCGGAUGCACACAACCCUGUCAUCUUGUUGGGUAAUCUCGAAUUACCAAUCAUGGCCCCCAAUGCCGUGACCACUUCCGGUCAAUGGAUUUGCGGGCCUCGCAGUUGCCGACGGGAGGUGUCGCAUCAUGAAGGCAGGCGCGUAUCUGGCGUUCACCAAGAAUACACAAGAGGGCCCUCGCUACAAUCUUCUCCACACUGUGUGUGAGCUCGAACGCAACUCUUUCUAUUCCUUUCAGAAAAUGUCACAGCAGUCUGCGAUGGACGAAACUACCGUUGGGGCAGACGAAGGCCUUGACGUAGCAAAAACCUUGGAAACAACUCAGGUCCAAGAUCAGUACAUAAAGUUACUUCUGAAGAAGAUAGCUUCGCUUGAGGAACGCCUUCCAACCCCUAACGACGAUGAUCAUGCCUCGCAAAAGAAAGACGGCAAGCCCGAGGCGCCAGCUGACAAGGCCGAUAUCGAGGAAGAAGAGGAGCCCCGAUACGUCAUCAUUGUGAACAAGUGGGAUCCAGACACUGGCGACUACAAAGAUGACGAGAUCACGAAAAGUAACGAAAAGAAAGAGAUUGGGCCCAAACCUCAAAGCCGCAGAGCGUUCACCUUUCGAAAGUCUACCAUGUUUCGGCCCCGUUUCAACUACAUCGAAACGGUCCUGUCAGAGGCCCAGAUCGAGUCUGAGCCACUGCAGAAGCUAGUUGGCACAAUAACGUCAAAAUUCGGAACGGAUGAAGUUGUCAAGAGCCUGAGCUCUCCUUUCGCGAGUCUAGUCUGGACGUGGGCAGAGGCCGAAGAGGAAGCGAAAAGGUUUGUGGAGACCGAGGCACCUGAGGAAAAGCAAGCCCGAAUUGAUCUCCGUGAGCUCCUGCGGAUCAUCUCCACAUCUUCAGGCAUCCUGCCUCUCGACCAGUAUUUCAAAGAAAGGAACUUGUUCGUUGAUGAGAAAACCAUUUCGCACGCAGCCCUGUGGACGCUAUUCCCGCCGGGUACCCUGAUCGUCUCACACCCUUGCCUAGGUGAGCCUCAAAUCUUUACUGUCGAUUCGUGCGACUAUUUCAUACGAGAAGAACAUACUUUCGACCUGGUAUGCUUCAGCUUCGACUGGACGGGCAUAGAGUUUACCAGAGUACCAUUUGAAAUGAGGAUCCGUCACUGGGGCUCUAAUCGCAAGAGCAUCGUGGAAUUACCGUUCUACCCGCUCAAAUAUUAUAGCAGCCCAGAUGAGCAAAACGUCUCAUCGGAGGACGCAAUUGCUCGCCUCAAGGAACGGCUUAUCGCUCGGGGGGAGAAGUUUGUCAAACUCUGCGAUCCUGGCAAAGGCAAACAAAUGUUUACAUACUCUGGUGAUGCACACUUUCACACAGGGCGUAGCUUCAUCGGUAGUGGUGAUGAUGAGGGGGGCCGCCGUCGACCAGAUGAUGAUACUUCAUCUUCUACCGACACCGGCGCCGGACGAAACAGCGAGGCCCGAUACGUCCAGAAGAAGAAAGUGGACGGCACCACAAUGGUUGAUUUUACCUCUUUCUUCGAAUAUCUGUCCCCCAACACUCCAAUUCUAGGAGACCUUCCCCAGUUCCGCGGCCAGCUGGAGAAUCUCUCGCCUGAGAAACGCGCCAAUCCAAUCUACAGAGAUAUGUACAAGACUCACUGGGACCGGCACGCCUCUGACAAACCCAUGUCGCCAGACCAACUUAUGCAUUGUCCUCCAAGAGUCCUCGGAUAUGCGCUGAAGCAGAAGAAAUGGGCGCAGCUGCUGGUGGAAAAGCUCAAUCCUCCCAAUGAUGCAGACUCAAGUGUGUUCCGCGACAAAUUGCAACUGGACGAAGACCACAAGGAGCUGGUCAGGUGGUCUGUACAAGCGCAUGAGUAUGGUAAGAAGACCAAUACGAAAGGUGAAUCCUUGAGCUUGCAAGACUUUGCGCCGGAUAAGGGGAAGGGUCUCGUUAUCAUGCUCUACGGUCACCCGGGUGUUGGAAAGACUCUAACGGCUGAGAGUGUGGCGCUCAUGGCCGGCAAGCCCCUACUUUCCGUCGGAGUGUCUGACAUUGGAAUCGAAGGCGACAAAGUUGAAGCAAAUUUACAAAAAGUAUUCGACCUUGCAGGGAAGUGGGAAGCCGUACUCCUCUUUGACGAAGCAGACGUCUUCCUUGAAGCGCGCGGUCGCGGGGAGAACGAUCUCAGGCGAAAUGCCAUGGUCUCAGUGCUCUUGCGCGUCUUAGAGUACUACGACGGCAUUUUAAUUCUCACUACUAACCGUAUGAGAUCUUUCGAUAUUGCUGUUCAGAGCCGUAUCCACAUUGCCAUCAAAUACGAAGAACUCGACCCAAUCCAGCAACAAGCUAUUUUCGAAUCCUUCCUCGAGCAACUUCACCGAAAGAAGCUCGUUCAUGAUUACAAGGACCUUAUGCAAUGGGUCCAGAAGGAUAGUCGCAAACUACAAUUUAAUGGCCGUCAAAUCAGAAAUGUGGUGUCGACAGCCAUGGGUAUAGCGCUGGUGGAUGAGGCGAAUGAUGGGAAGUUGAAGAGGCAGCAUCUCAUGCGCGUUGCGGAGCAGACAAAGCAAUUCAAGACCGAUUUACUUGCCGAGGAGGAGAUGUACAAGAGGUUGCAGAAGGGAAUUUCUUGAGGAGGUGUUGUAGGAAAGGUUUUAGUGGCUGCUGGUGUCCUCUCCAUC